AUGGUUCUAUUAAAAUGGGGAUGGGUGCAUCAACGUAUUGCAUUAAGAUUUAGACCGACUGUCUGGAAAAAACGCUACUUGGUGCUGACAACCAUGUCCAUCCAUGUGCAUAAAUCUGAGAAAGGUGUGAUAUCUUCCUUGUUUCCAGAUAGUUCACCGGCAGUACAUGUGUGGUCAAAUUUCAUAUCAGCCCAAAGCUAUACAACCCGAGGUUCUGACCAUACAUUUAUGAUAGAGCCCAAAGACCCAACAACGUAUGCUCUUAAAUUCAAGUGCAGUACAUUAGAGGAAAAAGAAAAAUGGUUAGAGGCAAUCACCGAACAACUGGCACUUACCUCCAAAAUUUGGUCUCAAAAAACUACGCCGAAAACCAUUUCCCAAACCCCAAUAGUAUCAGUUUCGGUACUUGAUAAAUGGCUGGACCAAUUAUCAAUCAUUGAAAAUGUAGUCGCAGAGGAUUUAUCAUCAAUUGAACGGACUAAAAUAUAG